AUGUUAGUUAUUUAUAUUUUGUUAAUCAUAUUUAUAGUUGGUGGCAACAUAUUAACCAUAAUAGCUAUAUGGAAAACAGAAGUUCUUAGAACUGUUGCCAACGUCUAUGUUGCUUUAUUAGCAUUCUCAGAUAUAAUAGCUGGGAAUUCGGGAAUGAAUUUCAUCAUAUAUGCCGUGAAGAACAAGGAUUACAGAAAAGCUUUUAAGGAAAUUCUACAUCUAGAUUGCACUCUAAAACGUACCGCUAAAGUAACUUCUCGAAAGACGAAUGAUAUUGUGAUAGAAACUUUUUAA